AUGAUCAAGAUCGCAACACGAGUGGAGUGCACGGGCAAGAGGGGCAGGUCGGCGGGGAAGAAGGCAAUGAUGGUGACGGUCGCAGAGGCCCUGUGGGACAUGCUCUACGCUGACGACGCGGCCAUCGUCUCGCUCACGCCGGAGAGCCUCGAAAAGAUGAUGUCCAUCAUCGUGCGCGUGGCCGGCCUGUUCGGACUGAUGGUAUCGGAGCCAAAGACGGAGAUCAUGUGCAUGCUACCGAAAGGGCUGGGGGAACGCCCGUUCGCGGUCAGCGCCGCUGGCCAGACGUACAAGCAGACAGAUCGGUUUGUGUACCUCGGACGUACCAUCUGCGCGGAUGGGAAGGUCGACCGGGAGAUCACGAGCCGCAUCUGCCGAGCAUGGAAGUG